ACUCCGUGAAUGCGCCCACAAGCGCCGCGCGGUGUCGUGGAAUUUUCCAGCCCGCUCCGCCCCCGCCAUUCCGAGGCCCCGACCCCGCCCACGCUAGUCAUUGCCCCGGGCUCCGCGGCGUAGAGGGGGGCGGGGGGGGAAAACGUUCUGGAAGCGGCAGCCGUGGCCUGGCAGCUGCGCUGCGCCCCGUGCGGCGCCGCUCCCCUGUCGCCGUUGCCGCCAGCCCCCGCCGUGGCGCGAGGUCCCCCUCGCGGGCGAGGCCGGCGCCUGCGGGCGCUCCUCAGCCGGCGCGGCGCCGCUCAUUGGCGGCGGGCCGCGCGCGGUGAUGGUGUCAGCGCGCGGCGCCGCGGCGCAGGGAGGCCCCGCCAUGCGCCGUGGGGCCCGGCCAUGUCGCGCCUCCCGCAGCAGGCGCUUGUCCUGGCGGCCCGGGGCUGGCGCGGCGCCGCAGUUUGCAAGUCAUGUGCUCUCCGAAGAUUUUCCAUCCAGCCUGCCCAGCAGAAGAAGAUUCCAAACCGGUAUUUGGGCCAGCCCAGCCCCUUCACACACCCACAUCUGCUCAAACCAGGAGAGGUAACCCCAGGAUUGUCACAGGUGGAAUAUGCUCUUCGCCGACACAAACUGAUGGUGUUGAUCCAGAAGGAAACCCAAGGCUGGGAUGGUUUGGACCACACAGUGAUUCUGCUGUCCAACCCCACAUACUACAUGAGCAACGACAUCCCCUAUAUUUUCCACCAGGACACUAAUUUCCUGUACCUCUGUGGGUUUCAGGAGCCUGACAGCAUCCUGGUGCUGCAGAGCAUUCCUGGCAAAGCACUGCCAUCUCACAAAUCCAUACUUUUUGUGCCCCGGCGGGAUCCAAAUCGAGAGCUGUGGGAUGGGCCCAGAUCAGGCCCAGAUGGGGCAAUUGCUCUCACAGGAGUAGAUGAAGCUUACACCAUUGAGGAGUUCAGGCACUUGGUGGCCAAGCUGAAAGGUGAGUCCAACGUGGUUUGGUAUGACUUGAGAAAACCAGUGCAUGCAGAGCUGCACUCUGACUACAUGCAGCCCCUGGCUGAGGUAAAAGCUCGGAGCAAAAACCGCAUCCAGGCCAUUCGACAUCUCGUGCAAAACCUUCGGCUGAUCAAAUCCCCUGCAGAGAUUGAGAGGAUGAAGAUAGCUGGCCGGGUGACAGCAGAGGCUUUCACAGAGACUAUGUUUGCUAGUAAAUCCCCUGUGGAUGAAGCCUUUCUGUAUGCAAAGUUCGAAUUCGAGUGCCGGGCUCGUGGUGCUGACAUGUUGGCAUACCCCCCUGUUGUUGCUGGUGGCAACAGAUCAAACACUUUGCAUUAUGUGAAGAAUAAUCAGCUCAUCAAGGAUGGUGAACUGGUCUUGCUAGAUGGUGGAUGUGAAUUUUCCUGCUAUGUGAGUGACAUCACACGUACCUGGCCUAUCAAUGGAAGGUUCACCAAACCCCAAGCAGAACUGUAUCAAGCUGUCCUGGAUAUCCAGAAGUCCUGCUUGAGCCUCUGCUCCCCUGGCAUGAGUCUGGAAAAUAUCUACAGCCUCAUGCUGAGCCUUAUUGGACAGAAACUGAAAGACUUAGGUGUCCUGGAGAGCAGCAUCACUGACAGCCAUUUCUUCAAGGCUGUUCGAAAAUACUGCCCUCAUCAUGUGGGCCAUUACUUGGGCAUGGAUGUUCACGAUACCCCAGAUAUAUCCCGAUCGCUCCCGUUCCAGCCAGGCAUGGUGAUAACCAUUGAACCAGGCAUUUAUAUCCCUGAGGAUGAUGCGAGCGCUCCAGAGAGGUUUCGUGGCAUUGGUGUGCGCAUUGAGGAUGAUGUGGUGAUAACAGAGGAUGCACCUCUUGUCCUGUCUGCUGACUGUCCCAAGGAUAUUUACCACAUUGAGCAGAUCUGUGGCCGCAGCUCAUGAUGCCCCUUCUCUGCCUCUUUCAUCCUCCUUGGGAGACACAGCCCCGCAGGGAUGCAGAUCCCUUAGCUGGCUGUAGUUGUCAAGUGAAGGCAUGGACAAUUGAUGGCUAUUUCCAAGACUGGGACUGGGCAGUGGAAUGCAAAAGGCUUGGGUACUGAGGGAUGAAAAAACAAAGUAACCUUU